UAUACAUCGAACGCAUUUGCGAAUCGUGAGUCGAUUCGUACUCUUUGGGCGUUAGUUUUUCGCGAUUUUCUCAUGUGCAGUGGUGUAUUUUUCUCGCGUCCCCAAAAUAUUGACGAAUUUAGUUCGAAGUCUAUUGAUACGUAACGAACAAGUGACGAACGACGAAGCCAAGCGGACGUUUGGAAUAUUCCGACGAAAGUUCCGGAAGGUGGUCGUGUAACCGAAUUUUUAGUACGAAAGGUCGUAUUUUUUGAGAAAAUACUUAUUCUAAAAGUAAAGUUUUAAUUGAAUAUGACUGAGGAACACCAAUUGCCUUCUGAUUCUGACGAAGACGAUGAAGAUUAUGUCCCUGAUGGUGCAGAUGAUGAGCCUGUUUCUGAGGUAGAAUCUGAAGGAGAUGCAGAAAGUGGUCCUGAAGAUGAAAAUGAUGAAAACAAGAGAGAAAGCACAAAGAGAAAGGGAAGAAAGAGAAACAAGACUACAAAAUCCAAAACCAAGAAACAUAGAAGAACAGGGAUAAAAUUGAAGGAUGAAGCUGAUGACAAAGAGGACAAAGGAGAAGGGAAUGAAAAGUCUGAAAAGAAAAAGGAACUCACAGAAGAAGAAGAGAAGAAAAGAGCUGAUUCUCUUUGGGCUGACUUUAUGAAGGAUACUGAAGCAGCACCAAAACCCAAAGCAGAAACUACAACAAACAAACCAAAGGAGAAAUCACCACUCAUAGAAAAGCCAAAGGUGGAGGAGAAAGUAAAGAUUACUAAAGUAUUUGAAUUUGCCGGUGAAGAAGUGAAGAUUGAGAAGGAAGUGUCAGCAGAUUCUGCAGAGGCAAGAUUGUCUCUGUCUACUGCUGAUAAUUCUGAGAAAACAGGAAACACUGCUUCACCUGCAGGGAAAGGUUCUGGAAGAGGAAAAGGUUUUAAACGGGCUGGAUUAGGAGAAAAUUUUUGUCUCCGUUUGAUUAAUCAAUCAGAAAAAGAAGAACACGAGACACAACAGAAAGUUAAUAUUCCACACCAAUUUGUACAAUACGGUGUUCCCAUAAUUACCACACGAAACACAAGCAAAAAUAUCGCAACGAUAAAAUGAAGUCGUCCUUGCAACUUCUCACCAACACGAAACGAGUAAAAGGAAGAGUCGAAAACGAGCAGGAAGACGGUUGUUCGAAUUAAGAGCCUCUGAAGAAUCACAAAAAAAAAAAAAAUAAGGACGUUUUAUCGCGACGUUAAUCGUGGCCAUGAAAACGUCACCGACACUCUCGUAAAAUCGAAUUAAAG